CAGCAAUCUGUUGAAGUGUCAUUUACCUGGGCUCUCUGGCAUCUAGCCCAGAAUGUUUCAUAUAAGUGAAAUGUGGUGCUAUCACUGGAAAUGGAAGCUGCGGCACUGUCUCUGCUUGUUUACCACGUGUAUUAUAUGUGUGCAGCAAGCAGCUCACGGAUGCUCUGAUUGUAGGAUUGUGCUAACUGACCCAUCUGGAGUUUUCACUUCUCCAUGCUUUCCCAGUGAUUAUCCCAACAGCCAAGCAUGCAAAUGGAUCAUCCGAGCACCUCAUGGAUUCAUCAUACAGCUAACAUUCAUCGAUUUUGACAUUGAAGAAGCUCCAGGCUGUAUUUAUGAUUCACUAACGUUAGACAAUGGAGAGAGCCCAAUGAACCUUUGUGGCAUCACUGCCAAAGGAUUAUCCUAUAAUUCUACUGGAAAUGAAAUGAUUGUGUCUUUUAAAAGUGACUUCAGUAUCCAAAAGAAAGGUUUUAAUGCCAGCUAUAUACGAAUUGCUGUGUCUCUGAGGAAUCAGAAAGUCAUCAUUCCCCAGGUUCCCAACGUUGACACCGUGUCUGUGGCAGACAGUGUCUCAAUCCCAGAGCUUAGCCAGUUUACGCUGUGCUUUGAAGCAACCAAGGGCAGCAGCGAUGACAAUGAUGACUGGAAGGUUUUCUCCUACAGUAACGCCCUGGCAACAGAAUUCUUCAGCUUCGGGAAGACCACAAAAGGCCAUUUUCUGUCUGUCUCAGGCAUUGAGUGCAUACUUGAGAAUGCGCUGCCCCGAAAUGCAGAGUUUUUCACAGGAACGUUUGAACAGCUCUGCAUUGUAGGGGAUAGCUUCUCUGGCAGUAUAGGUGUGUAUGCCAAAAGAAUCUAUCAUACAAUAUACUGUCCAAGUAUCUUUGGCAAAGUUAUCCCUGGAAAUGGGAGACUGGUGCUGGGUUCUAACAGCAGUGAAAUAAGCUCUCUAAAUGGGGACAUUUACAACUUCCGCCUUUGGAAUUUCACCAUGAAUGCGCAAGCACUGGCCAACCUCAGCUGUGAUGUGAAAGGAAACAUUGUCGACUGGGAAAAUGAAUUCUGGAGUAUUCCAACUUCAGCACUGAAAGCUGAAAACAAUUUGAGUUGUGGGUCAUACUUAAUUCCCUCUUCUACAAUUGAACCAACAAGUUGUGCCAACCUCGGAAGCCUUUGCCAAGCUACUGUAAAUGCUACUACUCCUACACCACCCAUUGUCACCACUAACAUGCCCGAUACUAAUAGAACCGAUAAGCCAAACAAUGACCUGCAGGAAUUCAGACUUCCUGCUACAGUUGUCUUCAGAAAGAAGAGAAUUUCACCCGAAUCUUCCCAUUCUCGAUCACAAGGGCAGCAAGAGUCUAGGAUAGAAGGGGUCAAAACCAUAGGAAUUAUCUCAACACCAAUUAUUUGGCCAGUAAAACAAAGGCCUCUCCAUUUCAGUAAAAGCUCAGCAAAUGAGAACCAAAACCCAGAGAGAAAAAACCUAUACAAUGUGUUUCUUCUAUCUGAGUCCACAUUAGCAGCUUCUGAGGAGACUGGUGAGGGUACCUUGGAGGAUUUUACAGAAAAAAUGGAACUAGAUAAUGCUAUGAUGAAUCAGUCACCAAGUACAACUACUGUGAAUGAUUCUAGAAGUUCAUUUCGUGACAUUUAUGAUGUGGCAGAAGUUUUUACAGAUCAUUCUGAGAAUGCAGCAGUUCCUCUUCUUCAAAACAGAAGUGUUACUGCAGAGCUAGCAUGGACUUCACUUGAUGGAUUAGAUUAUUCUGAGUCAGCAUUCCAUUCUUCCAUUAGCAGAAGCUCCACUGAUGAACACAGAAAAAAAACCCUGGGGACUUUGUCCUCCAAUAGUGGCACAUCCAAUUUCAUGCAUAUAAACGAUAUGUUUGAACCUGGUCAUUGGUGGAGUGAAAGUGUAUUUCACCAUCAUAUCACCUCUGAUGUUCAAGAAGAAAGCCACCAUUCUCCUCCUGGCUUAUCUACGUCACCUACAGAGGAUGAAUCAUCAUUUCAAAAAAGUGGGAUAUUCUACAGGAUAUCUAUAACUGUCUUUAGUUUAAAUCCCAACUCGGCAUCAAAAGUACAUGAUACAGUUGCAAGAUGGCUAAACCAUACUUUCCAGGACUGGAAUUACACUGUGUAUGUGGUUAAUAUCAGCAUCCAACCUGGCCCCAUAAAAGAGGGAGUAAGAGAUAAACGAAGCAUUGAUAGUCAAAGUUUUGGGGUUUUGGCUCUUCUGGUUUAUAACUCUACUAACAACAUCAAUUUAGAAGAGGAAGACAUCCGCCAGAAGCUCGUAAGUAAUAAUGGAACCAUGGCAGAUGGAUUUAGGCUUCAUACUGUGGAUGUUGAUCCAGUGGAAAAAUGUUUAGCUGAAGAAAACCCUCCAAACUAUUUUUGGCCAGAUACAAGACCCACUGUAACCAACUUUACAUUUUGCCAUGGGAGCUCAGUUCAGAUUGCAUCAAGAACUUGCUAUUUGGGUCUGCAGAAUUAUACCUCAUACUGGGGCCAACCUGACCUGAGAAAUUGCACAGAAAAUGCAGCUGAUAUUGCCAAUCAGCUUUUGAAUCUCACUGGUGAAGGACAGCAGCUAACUUCAGACAAAGUAAAUGAUGUUGUCCAGAAGCUCAAAAAAAUUGUGAAUGAUGAGAAAAUUGAUGAAUCUCUGGGUUCUACCGUGGUGACAAUUUUUUCCAAUAUUCUAACAAGUUCAGACAGUGUAUUGGCUGCAUCAUCUUCAGAAGCUCUAAAAACUAUUGAUGCCUUGGCUCUAAAGAUCCAAUUCACUGGACCAUCCAUGAGCAUUUCAACACGAAACCUGGCACUUGGAGUAUCUUCUAUAAAUUCAACUUCAUUCAAAGGUUCUUCUUUUAGUGUCAGUCCACAGAAUAAUGCAUCUGAUUUUCAGAUAGAUUUUGACAAGGAUCAGACAAAUGCCUUGGCUUCUGUUGUUCUGCCAUCAAAUUUACUGAAGAAUUUAAGUCAAGAUGAGUUUGAAGUUAUAUCCAGGGCUCAGUUUACUUUCUUCAAUAAAAAUGGUCUUUUCCAGGAUCCAGAAACUCCUGCCAACUUGACCAGUUUUGUGGUGGCCUGCAGUAUUGGAAACAUAACAAUUCAGGACCUUCAGGAUUAUGUGAAGAUUACAAUUAAGCAUACCAAAGUUCAGGAAGAUCCUAAGCCAACCUGUGUCUUCUGGGAUAUGAACAAAAAUGGUGGUAAUGGUGGUUGGAACCCUACGGGCUGCAAGGUGCAAGCAGACUCCAAUGAGAAUGAGACAAUUUGCUUGUGCAACCAUCUCACACACUUUGGGGUCCUAAUGGAUCUUCAGGGAACGGCUACACAAAUAGAUUCCCAGAAUACCAAGGUCCUCACCUUUAUCUCUUACAUAGGCUGUGGGAUAUCUGCCAUAUUUUCGGCUGCAACUCUUCUGACAUACGUUGCAUUCGAGAAGCUGCGAAGAGAUUAUCCAUCAAAAAUCCUGAUGAACUUGAGCACAGCCCUGCUCUGUCUUAACCUGAUCUUCUUGCUUGAUGGCUGGAUUGCAUCAUUUGACAUAGAUGGCCUCUGCAUAGCUGUUGCCUCCCUUUUGCACUUUUUUCUUCUGGCCACCUUUACAUGGAUGGGACUAGAAGCCGUUCACAUGUACAUUGCUCUAGUAAAAGUAUUCAACACCUAUAUACGGCGAUAUAUACUGAAGUUUUGCAUCAUUGGUUGGGGUUUGCCUGCUCUAGUGAUAACGAUUGUUUUAGCAAGUGCAAAUACAAACGCAGGUCAUGUAUAUGGCAAAGAAUUAUAUGGCAAAGAUGCUAACGGACAAGGAGGAGACGAUUUCUGCUGGAUCAAGAAUAAAGUUGUCUUUUAUGUGACUUGUGCUGGUUACUUUGGCAUCGUGUUUCUGAUGAACAUUGCCAUGUUUGUUGUGGUGAUGGUGCAGAUCUGUGGGAGGAAUGGGAAAAGAACUAAUCGGACCCUAAAGGAAGAGAUCCUGAGGAAUCUCCGUAGCGUUGUCAGCCUUACCUUCCUCUUGGGCAUGACAUGGGGCUUUGCCUUUUUUGCCUGGGGUCCGUUAACUCUCCCUUUCCUGUACCUCUUCUCAAUUUUCAAUUCAUUGCAAGGUUUGUUUAUAUUUGUUUUCCAUUGUGCUAUGAAAGAAAACGUGCAGAAACAGUGGAGGAGACACCUCUGCUGUGGCAGAUUCCGACUGGCAGAUAAUUCAGAUUGGAGCAAGACAGCAACCAACAUUAUAAAGAAGAGUUCUGAUAAUCUUGGGAAAUCCUUAUCCUCUAGUUCCAUUGGCUCCAAUUCAACCUACUUAACGUCCAAAUCAAAAUCUACCACAAAUACAUAUUUGAAACGAAACAGCCAUACAGAAAAUAUAUUUGUUGACAAACCAUCUUCAAAAUUUACCCAAGAGGAUGGAGAACAAACAUCAAUCAUCCCUGUCCAUCAGGUUAUUGACAAGGUCAAGGGGUACUGCAAUGCUCACUCUGACAACUUCUAUAAAAGUAUCAUCACGUCCGACACAUUUAGUCACAGCACAAAGUUCUAACUGGACUUCUGAUUUUUUGAACCAAAGCAAGACAACAAAUCCUCAUGGAAUUGAGAAUAAUGAAGGAGAGAUUCAUCUGUCAUAUAAUGUGACCUGUUUAGUUAUUUUUCCCAGUUUAUAAUGUUAUUCUAUUAACAGCUUCCAUCUGAGGACCAAUUUCUCUACCCUUUUACUGUUUGGAAAAUGACAAUUUUCCACCAUGAUAUUGAGCUGUUUUGAAAUGAGUGCCAGCCAACAUGAUACCUGGACAGCUAAUUGCGAUCCUAUGUAAAUAUUUUUAAGACUGAAAAAGAGCCACAGGCCUAACUCUGAAUUAUGUAAUCCAAACAGAAGCAAGUCUUGGCUUUUGGAGAAAAUAGCAGACAUCCUGCAGUACAAGCAAGCUCUUUCUGAACAGUUUACUGAUGAUCUUUUUCUUUUGAAGAAAAUGGAUUUGCCAUACUACACUUAUUAAAGUUCUUGCUUCUUGACUAUUCUUUUUUGUAAGGACUAUUUUAAACAAAUUCUGACUAAGAAGACCUAAUCAUGCAAAUCUUGCUUACCAAAACUGUAUGUGCUGUAAAUUCAGGCUAUUUUGUAUUCAUGUGCAUGGCUAGCUAAGAUGUGCUGGGUAAGAAAGAUGUGCAGGUUGCUAAUAACUCUUUUGAAAAUUUUAAGCCCAUUUAUAUGUAUGGAAACAGUGGAUUGAUGCAGAACAAGCAAACAGGUAAGUCCAAAGUUUACAAAAAGUCGUGCUUCAACAUUCAUUGAUCGGUGUGUAUGAAAGAUGGCAUCUCCCAUUGCAAUAUACAGUGUCUGUGCCAAUGUGCACAGUCCUGUGCUUAAUGCUUCUUUUCACUAAACAAAAUAGAAAACAUUUCCCUAUAUGUAGACAUAAAUAUACACCUAAAUCUCUCUCCACACAUGUUUUUGUAAUGAUGCACAUGUUAAAUAUUUCAGAGGAGACCACAAUGUGGAACACUGACAAUCUAAAAACCAUGAAUGGUGCUAAAAAUGAAAAUGUUGGAUACCAGAUGGACGCUCUGUAAGCCCAUGGGUCCAUUUGUCACUUUCUGUACAUCCAGUAUGUUGUAUGCAUAGCCACUGCCCUCGAAUGGCCUUGCAACAUGAGAAGAAUGUGGGGAUUGCAGUACAUUUCCUGAUGAUGAAUAAAUGACGUCUUUCUUGGCACUUCAUGUAUCGAUAUUAUCACCUCUCCUGCCCCCCACUGACUGACUGGAUCAAGACUGCUGAAGGCACAGUGUCAAACAGUGAUCAGGCAACAUUAAUGAAUUUUGUUUUACUAUUCUGUAUGCAUAACUACAUGGAGUUUUGUGUGUGUGCUGAGGGUAGACAAGAAUAUGAAGUUCUUGCUUGUUUUGGUAUCUAUAAGUUUAUGACAUGUUAGCACACAACGAUGUCUGCCAAAAGUGCAUGUCUCAAGUAGUGUGUCUCCUCACAUGCCAGGCUUUAUAAAAAUUUUAACUGUACAUGUCAAUGAAAGCAUGAGCCAAAAAAUCAAAGGUAUUUUCAAAUAUGUUAGCAAAUAAUGUCUGUAAUGGAAAUGUUCAUCUUUCAAAAAGGCCAUUUUUCACCAAAGCAUUUUUAGCCAAAUAUUUGAUUAGUUGUGUUCAGAAGGUGGCCAGAAAGUUAUGCUGUGAGAUUUUCAGUUUCCAAGCAGGUGGAUGUUCAGUGAUUUGGGAUAUGGAUUUGUGCCUUUCUCUGCUCUUUGCAUGCGCUCUUGUGUGCAGAGAUCAUUUAAUGCUGUGACCGCACAAAUGGAGUAUUUUCCCUGGCUACAAACACUUUGUUUGCUGAAAGAGAAGUAUGUUCUAAUUGUAGUCCGUCCAAGAAUACUGCUGUUGCUACAAAUGCCUUUAAUGAAACCUCAGUCUUUAUAACUGCAAAUACUUACAUGAUGGUGUGAGUGAGAGUUAGCCCUAUCUACUUCAAAUACAAUUAUUAAUGGGAAUUAAUGUUUUCUGAUAUUUUUAAUAAGGGGGGAAAAAUAUGGAAAGAUUAUGUACCAGCAUUUACUGAAUUUUAUAUUUUAUCAUCCCACUUGCUUAACUACUGUAGAUAAUAGUGUUCACAUAGCAGCUUACUGUGAGAUUUCUACCUGAUUAAGGUGUUCAGAAGUGAAGACAAAUAAAAACCAAACAUUCCUGGAAAAUGAGGAAUUAAUAAAGCAUAAUAAAUCAAUAAAUAUAAAUAAAAAACAAACACAGUAUCUUGACUGAAGCAAGGCUGUUAGCUAACUAUCAGUUUAAUGUACAGCUACCUAUAUUUUUGCUGAAUUAAGAUUUUUUUUUACUACCAUGUAGUAAUCUUAAACUGUCUGUGUCAGUUAGAUGCUCUUGAGUGCUCUCAGUUCUCCAGUGUAAAGCUUUGACUUUGUAGUUGACGUGCUGUAACCUCCCUUGUAUAUAUUUAUUUAUUUGUGAGGUUAAAUAUGUCAAAAUAUAUUUAGCUCUAUAAUGUCUGUUCUUGUUACUUUAAAAGUAAGCUUCUCCUUUAUCAUAGAAGAAGAGGGAAAGAAUAAUUUCAUAUAUAUGCUUUUUCCAAACACCUUGUGAAACAAUUUACUGUAGUUCUUUUACAAGUAUGAGGAAACAUGUCAGUGUAAUUUGUAAUACUAGUCAGUGGAAUAUAGUGUAACAGAUUUAAAGGUGGACUAAAGUGGAAAGAACCAUUUUCAAAUAAACAUUCUGGAUAUUAGUGUUCCAAAUAAUUAAAGUCUUUUAAUAGUGAAUGGUUGAUUUUUUUUUUUCCUUUUUAGUGUUGUGUGGCAAAAAUUACUUAGUGGAACUCUGGAAAAUAGUCUUGUGUUUAUUAAGUAUGUGAGGCGGGUACGUGUGUAGCCAAAAUGUUGGAAAUAA